GGGGCAGCGGCUCCUGUCAGCGGGUGAAAUGGCAGCGGCUGAGCCGGUGACGGCUGCGGUCCCCGGGGGCGGCUGAGUGAAAGGGGCCGGGCCGCGGGGUUUGCGGGACCCCCGAGCAGUCGCGACCACGGGCGGGGGAAGCGGACGACGCAGUGCAGGGACGGCGAGGCUCGGCGCGGCGAUGGCGGCGCUCUCCGCGCAGACAGAGCUGUAACCUGGCUUACCCUCCUGGCUGAUGAGCCUGCCCACCAUGGCGAGCCCCACUCUGAGCCCCGACUCCUCAUCUCAGGAGGCGCUGUCAGCACCCACCUGCUCCCCAACCUCCGACUCCGAGAACCUCAGCCCAGAUGAACUAGAGCUGCUGGCCAAGCUUGAAGAGCAGAACCGGCUCCUGGAAGCCGACUCCAAGUCCAUGCGCUCCAUGAAUGGCUCCCGGAGGAACAGCGGCUCCUCACUAGUGUCCAGCUCCUCAGCCUCCUCUAACCUGAGCCACCUGGAGGAGGACACAUGGAUUCUCUGGGGCCGCAUUGCCAACGAGUGGGAAGAGUGGCGGCGCAGGAAGGAGAAGCUGCUCAAGGAGCUGAUCCGGAAGGGCAUCCCACAUCACUUCCGGGCCAUCGUUUGGCAACUCCUGUGCAGUGCCACAGAUAUGCCUGUCAAGAACCAGUACUCAGAGCUCCUCAAGAUGUCCUCACCAUGCGAGAAGCUGAUCCGCAGGGACAUUGCCCGCACCUACCCAGAGCAUGAGUUCUUCAAAGGCCAGGACAGCCUGGGCCAGGAAGUCUUGUUCAACGUUAUGAAGGCAUACUCCCUGGUUGAUCGGGAAGUGGGCUACUGCCAGGGCAGUGCCUUCAUUGUGGGCUUACUCCUCAUGCAGAUGCCUGAGGAGGAGGCCUUCUGUGUGUUCGUGCGACUGAUGCAGGAAUACCGGCUGCGGGAGCUCUUCAAACCCAGUAUGGCCGAGCUGGGACUCUGCAUCUACCAGUUUGAGUACAUGCUACAGGAGCAGCUUCCGGACCUGAACACCCACUUCCGAUCACAGAGCUUCCACACAUCCAUGUAUGCUUCAUCCUGGUUCCUCACACUUUUCCUCACCACCUUCCCCCUGCCUGUUGCCACCCGGGUCUUUGACAUCUUUAUGUAUGAGGGAUUGGAGAUUGUGUUCCGAGUCGGCCUCGCCCUGCUGCAAGUGAACCAGACAGAGUUGAUGCAACUGGACAUGGAAGGCAUGUCCCAGUACUUCCAGAGAGUGAUCCCCCACCAGUUUGACAGCUGCCCGGACAAGCUGGUCCUCAAGGCUUACCAGGUCAAGUACAACCCUAAAAAGAUGAAGAGGCUGGAGAAGGAGUACGCAGCUAUGAAGAGCAAGGAGAUGGAAGAACAGAUCGAGAUCAAAGACCUAGCAGGCGGAAGGAGAGAACUGACUUCGGCACGUUCUCCACAGUGGACCAUGGCGAUCGUGCACAUGUGCACACACAAACAUAGGCUUCGAACAGAGAACCGACUGCUCAAACAGCGGAUUGAGACCCUGGAGAAGGAGAGCGCGGCCUUGGCUGAUAGGUUAAUCCAGGGGCAGGUGACACGGGCACAGGAGGCCGAGGAGAACUACGUCAUCAAGCGGGAGUUGGCGGUGGUGAGACAACAGUGCAGCUCCACUGCGGAGGACCUGCAGAAGGCGCAGAGCACCAUCCGGCAGCUGCAGGAACAGCAGGAAAACCCUCGCCUCACAGAGGACUUUGUGGCGCACUUGGAGACAGAGUUGGAGCAGUCACGGUUACGUGAGACAGAGACUCUGGGGGCCCUUCGAGAAAUGCAGGACAAGGUUCUGGACAUGGAAAAGAGAAACAGCUCGCUGCCAGAUGAGAACAAUGUGGCCAGGCUGCAGGAGGAGCUCAAGGCACUCAAGGUGCGGGAGGGCGAGGCUGUAGCCUCUGCUCGGGAGCUGAAAUUGCAGCUGCAGGAGCUCUCGGACACCUGGCAGGCCCAUCUUUCCCGCGGUGGCCGCUGGAAGGAGUCCCCGCGGAAACUGGUCCUGGGCGAGCUGCAGGAUGAGCUCAUGACUGUGCGUUUACGCGAGGCACAGGCCCUGGCCGAUGGCCGCGAAUGGCGGCAGCGAGUCGUGGAACUGGAGACGCAGGACAACAUCCACCGCAACCUGCUGAACCGUGUGGAGGCGGAACGUGCGGCUCUGCAGGAAAAGCUGCAGUACCUAGCGGCACAGAACAAGGGACUCCAGACUCAACUCAGCGAAAGCCGCCGAAAGCAGGCAGAGGCUGAGUGCAAGAGCAAGGAGGAAGUGAUGGCGGUGCGCCUUCGGGAGGCAGACAGCAUGGCCGCGGUGGCGGAGAUGAGGCAGCGCAUCGCAGAGCUGGAGAUCCAGAGGGAGGAGGGUCGCAUCCAGGGCCAGCUGAACCACUCAGAUUCGUCGCAGUACAUCCGCGAGCUGAAGGACCAGAUCGAGGAGCUGAAGGCUGAGGUGCGACUGCUGAAAGGCCCACCAACCUUCGAGGACCCGCUGGCUUUCGAUGGGCUUAGCCUGACACGGCACCUGGAUGAGGACUCUCUACCAUCUUCUGAUGAAGAGCUGCUGGGCGUGGGUGUGGGCGUGGGUGCAGCCCUGCAGGACCCACUCUACCCUCUGUCGCCCCGGGACGCACGCUUCUUCCGACAUCUGGAAAGGCCAGCCAAAGACAGUGAAGGUAGCUCAGACAGCGACGCAGACGAGCUGGCAACGUCUUAUAGCAACCAAGGCCUGGACAACUGAGGCUGGGGGCCACUCACUGGGAGCCUGGAGGCCGCGACCACUGCUUGCCGGGAGGAGAGGGCAGCAGUCAGUGACCUUGCUGCUCCGCAGUACUAAACAAUUCUGUGCCUCUGCGGCUCCUGCCAACCACGGGCCAGGAGGAGGAGGCGGCACAGAGCGCAGGGCCUUGUGGCAGGCCUGUCCUACGUAGCAGUGUUUACCUGUUUUGGUCCAUACGGUCCAGGCCCUCCUGAGUUCAGGGGGUGCCUGGGUCAGUUACCUGGAGGGUGUUGCUCUCCUAAUAUGGACAAGGGCCGAAAGUGCAGAGGUCCCAGGACUUGCUAAACAGGAAGCUUCCUCCUCCCAGCCAGCUUCCCUUUGGGACAAGGGUGGCCCUGCUGGGUGGGGCCCAGGAGCCGCAGAGGGUUGGAGGAAGGAGGGGCAACUUGGACUUCAUAUUAGCACCCCAGGACAGGCUCCCUGGACACGGUGAUUUUGAACAGCCAGUCCCUUGCCACCAGGGUCAGAUGGCCAGGCUGGGCGUUUCUGCCUGGUGCAGGCAUCAUGGCCCCUGCAGCAGAAACCAAAGUCCCCCCCAUCCUGUGUGCAGGGUCACCACAGGUGUGAGUGGUCAGUGAGAACCCGCUCCGGCCUGGGCAGUGUCUCCCCACUCUCUAGGGCUACAGAAGCUGCAAAGAAGAGACCCUUUUCCCCAGAGCCCCAUCUUCCUCUGGAGAGUACUAAUAUCCCACAUGUUGGCUGGCUGUUGAAGAGAACCCCUUCCUUAGGAGUUCUCAGCCUCCUUGUUCCUGUGUCCCUAGCCCCACUUCUGGCCAGUUUCCCAGUCAGAGUUACCUCCCUUUUCUCCGUGAAGUGUUUCUGUGGCCUCUGCCCAGUCAGAGUUGAGAACGGUGCCAAAGUCCAUCGAGGCCCCAGGCUCCUUUAUCCUUCACCCCUGCAUCUUGGGACCCUGGGGACUGACCCCCUCUCAGUGCUCCUAGAGCCUCAGGUAGGGUGGUGUCCCAAGCAAUCCCUGGGUGCUUCCUGGGUAGGCCCCCAGCUCAGUCUCCAUUCCUGGUGGCCCACUCUUUAAGUGUUAAAAAGCCUGGGGGCCGGGGCAGGGUACCUUGAGGAGGCCCUCCUAGGUGCCCCUCACGUGCCCUUCCACACUGCCCACCACCAUUUUGCACACUGCCUGUUCACACUCCAUGUCUCCCAGGCAGGAAAGAUGGAAAAUAAAGUGUAUUUACACAGUCAAAA